AUCAGUAUAUUAAAAAUAAUGUUUUAUUAAAUAAUGAUGAAAUUGAGGAAAUUAUUACAAAGUUACCUAAUGAGAGCCUAUAUGCACCUGAAAUGGCUAAGGCUGUAGCAAUAUAUAUACAAGUAGUUGACAAGCCCAUUGCUACAGAAGAAAUACUCAAUGAUGAAGAAAUCAUUGCUACAGUUCAAGCUGAAAAAAUGAGAAAGAACUACCAAACAGAAAAUUGA